AUGACGUCCAACGUGUCGGACGCCGACGGCCCCGGGGACGGCGGGAGCGCGGUGGUGACCGCGGCGCAGACCCUGCUGGCACUGGCCAUCCUAGCGGCCACCGCCCUGGCCUUCCGCUGGCUGGGCCUCGGCCAGGCCCCGGGGGCGGCGGCGGCGGCGGCGGCGGCGAGGACGGCGGGAGAACGAGGUCCGGAGGCCGGUCGGGCUAAGGCGGCUCAGGAAAGGCGUCCGGCGGGUGAGGUCGCGGGCCGGGGCCGAGGGCGGCCGGCCGAGGUCACAGCGGGCACCAGGACCGACCGCGCAGGGCGGGGACGGAGCCCCGAACGCCCCGGGAGCGGCGUCGGGGAUUCGCCGCCCAAGGCGUCGGCCAAGGUGGCCAGGCGGGAGGGGGCUAACGAGCAGGCCUUUCCGAGGCGAGGGGACGGGGGAGUCCAGGGGAGCCCGCCGGCGGAUCCUUGCCUCCAGACCGUGGGGGACGGGAAAGGCCCGCCCCCGCUGCCUCUUUCCCCUCCUCCCUCCAGCCUGGACGACAGUGGCCCCGGGAACCGGAUUUGGGACGCCAGGCGGGAGGCGGAGAGUGAGGAUGGGGGCCGGGGCCGGGACCGGGACCGGGGCCGGGUCGUCUGUGCCAAGACGCAAGCCGAUCCGGGAAGAGAAGGCGCCGGGGAACCCGAUCCGGGCUCGGGCACUGGCCGCCCCGGGGAGGAGGGGGCUGGGGUCCGCCGGCCCCCGAGCGGCCCGGGCCCGCUGCCCCCGCUGAGCUCCGAGCCGCUGUCGAUCCCCGCUGGGGGAAGGAAGCUGAGCAUGUGCGCGAUCGCGGAGAACCCGGAGCUCAGGGUCCGCCAGGCCGCGGCGGGGCCCGCGCCUCCGGCCGCCCCUGCCCCCGCCCCCGCCCCGGCCCGCCUGGACCUCGGGGGCUGCCUGGAGGCGCUGGCCCGGGCCCGGAAGCAGCGGCGGCCCGAGCUGGCCGCCGAGGCCUACGCGGUGAUGAGCGACAACCUCCUCCGCGUGCUGAGCGACGCCCCGCUGUACCGCCGGCUGGGCGGCGCCGAGCGAGAGCGCAUCCUGGCCCUGCGGACGGCCCGAGGCAGGCCGGUCCUGGGCGUCCUGCCGCUGCCCGGGGGGCCCGGGCCCGGGCCCCGGCCGGAGCCGCCCGCCCAGCUCCACGUCCUGGACCCGGACGCGGCCGCCUGGCGCCCGCUGACCCCGGUGCCGGCCGAGGCGCCCCUGCGCGGCUGCGGCCUGUGCACGCUGCACAAUUACCUGUUCCUGGCCGGGGGCGUCCGGGGCUCCGGCCCCGGCGCCGUCUGCUCCGACCGGGUCUUCUGCUACAACCCGCUCACCGGCAUCUGGAGCCAGCUGCGGCCCAUGCGGCAGGCCCGGGCCCAGCUGAAGCUGGUGGGGCUGGACGGGCUGCUCUACGCCAUCGGCGGCGAGUGCCUCUACACCGUGGAGCGCUACGACCCGCGCACCGACAGCUGGGCCUUCCGCGCCCCUCUGCCCGCCGGCACCUUCCCCGUGGCCCACGAGGCCGUGGCCUGCCGCGGGGACAUCUACGUCACCGGGGGCCACCUCUUCUACCGCCUGCUCCGGUACCGGCCGGGCCCGGACGCCUGGGAGGAGUGCCCCUACAGCGCCAGCCACCGGCGCUCCAGCGCCAUCGUGGCCCUGGGCGGCUUCCUCUACCGCUUCGACCCGCUGCGCGGCGUCGGGGCCGCCGUGCUGCGCUUCAACACGGUCACGCGCAGCUGGAGCCAGGCGACGCCGCUGCCCCUGCCCCCGGCCCCGGCCCCGCGGGACCCGCCCCCGCCCCCGCGGGACCCGGCCCCGCUGCGCUGCGCCGUGCUCGGCGGGGCCAUCUACUGCCUCAACGCGCAGCUCACCGCCCGCCUCUCCCUGGCCGACGGCGCGGCCCGCUUCCAGGAGGACGAGCGGCUGCCGGCCUUCUCGCCGGCCGCCAGGGCCUCGCUCAACCCCUUCGUCUUGACCUUGCCCUCCCCGACCCCGCUGCAGACCCCGCUGUGAGCGGCGGCGGGACGGAGCCGGGGGGCGUGGGGGGCCCGGC